CGCUAACCCAAUUCUGCAUCAAGAUCCAAAUUUGAAUAAUCGACCGGAAGUGCAUCUCGUUUGUUUUCAUUUGACACUUCUCAUUAAAUAGUUGCGUACGUCGUAGUAAACAUUGAAAAAACACAACAAGCAAGUGUCAGUGGUUUUGACGCAAAAGUUAGGUUGACCGCUCUAAAGGCACAAAAUGUCGAAACUUGUGGGAACAUACGUUCAUGAGAAAAGUGAAAAUUUGGAUCAGUAUUACUCGGCUUUGGGCGUUCCGUACAUUGCUCGUAAAAUGAUGAGUUUCACGAGUCCAAAACUGACAAUAACAAAUGACGGCGAUACUUGGACUAUAACAACAAGUACAAAGCUUAGGACGCUUAAGCUUGAGUUUAAAUUGGGGGAGGAAUACGACGAGGACAUGCCAGGAGGAACGUUGAAAAGUACGACUACAGUCGAAAACGAUUCGAAGCUUGUAACUGUUUCAAUUGGUCCAGAAAACACUAAGAUUAUUCGAACUUACGAGGCCACUGAUGACGGAUGCGUCCUAACUUUGAAACAUGAUAAAACCGGAACUGAAGGGAAACGAUACUUCAAAAAGGCUUAAAUCUUCCAUUUUUCAAACUCAUAUUUGUAUGAAUUUAUUACUAACUGUGGGAUAUUAUAAUCUGAAUAUUAAUAAGUGUAAUUGUGUAAACUUACAAUUAUGUAUAGGUGUCAAAUGGGAUGUAUCAAAUAAAAAUCAAGUAUAAAUGUU